GCUGGGUCAAACACGAGCAGCACGGACACUAAUACGGCUUGUGACACCAAAACAGCGCACAAAACAUCAGCCUGUGAGAAGAGAGGAGAAGAAACUGACGAGCAUGGCUACCACAUCUUCAUUUAUCAAAUCUGUAACCAAGCGAGUGUGGUCCCCAACACAGAGACCUUACAGGGUGUGCUGUCACAACAGGGACACCAGGAAGGGCAUCACAGCAGGGACCCUGGAGGAGCUGAAGGAGAGGGUGUGCCAGGCUUUGCUGCUCUCGCUCUCUGCGGUGUCCCUCUCUCUGGUUUGUGAGGAGGACGGUACAGAAGUAGACUCUGAAGAGUUCCUCAUGACUCUACCAGACAAUGUGAUGCUCAUGGCCCUGGAGCCUGGACAGACAUGGAGACCACAACAGGGUGCAAUUGUUCCCAAAGCUCAAGACCACAACAAGCCACGUACUGGGAGAGACAUAGCUCGCGUCACCUUUGACCUUUACAGGAUAAGCCCCAAAGAUGUGUUUGGCUCACUGAGUGUGAAGGCCACAUUUCAAGGCCUGUACUCUGUGAGCGCUGACUUUCAGUGUCUUGGGCCCAAGAAAGUCCUCAGAGAAGUGCUGCGUGUAGCCUCCACCCUCCUCCAGGCCGCGGGACACCUGCUCAUCACUUCUGCCACCAUGAUCCGCCGCGUCAUUGAAGGUGCAGAGCUUUGGCAGCCACAGAGGGCCGAGUACACGGCCAGGUGGAACUGAGGGCGCCCACGUGACCAGCAGUCCUGUUUGAGAGCAUCUCAAUUUACUUACUGCUCAGAACCUAAAGUAUUGGAAAAUUAUACUUUGUUUGCCCGAUUAGGGAGAGAAAAAAGAAGCUGCAUUGUUAAGAGGUAGCAUCUGUAAAUAUUGUGAUUGUAUGAAUGAUGUUAUAUUUCUGACCAUUUUCAGGUUUAAAAACAGAUGACACAUUUUUGAUACUUCUGCCUUUACUACUUAGGGUUAGUUUAGUGACAUAGCUGACUAACUGGAGAUCGAGUGUCAUUCCUUUGUGCAAUAUUAUCUACUUAUUAUCUUUAAAACUGUCCUGUAUUGGUGUUAAUUUAUUGUAGAUUAUAUGUUGAUGGAGAUUUAAAACAUCUCUGUCUUCUUUCAAACAUCAAUGUAUUUUCUGUGUGCACUGAGAAAAAAGUCAUUAAUUUUUUUAAUCUAUAAGUUUUUUGCUGUAACUAAUCAGAGGAGUCAUGCUGGAAGAACAAUUAAAGUGCUUUUAUUUAAACAAUAAAAACAGCUGCAAAACAUAAAACGACUAA